AUGAUCGACACCCACGCCCUCCCAAUUGAUGCUAGCAUAGCUCGACCCCGGCCUCUCUCAAGGAGCAGUCAGGUGUUUGGUCAGAUCCAGAGCUGCACUGUCGUCUCUCUUCCUCCUGUGUUGCUUGCUGCCACCAGAGACAUUGGUAGCAGCAGCAGCAGCAGCAGCAGCAGCAAAACAGCACACCACCACGAGCACCAGCAUCGCUAG